AGUCGGUCAGGCAGCAGCCCCUUCCCCUCUGCCCUCGGUCUCCAGUUCUCCAGUGCUGACGGGUCAGCUCACCAACAACCACUGCUCACGAUGGAGGCCAUCAAGAAGAAGAUGCAGAUGUUGAAGCUGGACAAGGAGAAUGCUCUGGACCGGGCGGAACAAGCUGAAGCUGAGCAGAAGCAGGCGGAAGAGAGGAGUAAGCAGCUGGAGGACGAGCUGGCGGCCAUGCAGAAGAAGCUGAAAGGGACGGAGGACGAGCUGGACAAGUACUCUGAAGCGCUGAAGGAUGCCCAGGAGAAGCUGGAGCUGGCAGAGAAGAAGGCCGCUGACGCCGAGGCUGAGGUGGCCUCCCUGAACCGCAGGAUCCAGCUGGUUGAGGAAGAGCUGGACCGCGCCCAGGAGCGCCUGGCCACUGCCCUGCAGAAGCUGGAGGAAGCCGAGAAAGCUGCUGAUGAGAGCGAGAGAGGUAUGAAGGUUAUUGAGAACCGAGCCUUAAAGGAUGAAGAAAAGAUGGAACUCCAGGAAAUCCAACUCAAAGAGGCCAAGCACAUUGCAGAAGAGGCAGACCGGAAGUAUGAAGAGGUGGCUCGGAAGUUGGUGAUUAUUGAGGGGGACUUGGAACGCACGGAGGAACGAGCUGAGCUGGCAGAGUCUAAGUGUUCUGAGCUGGAGGAGGAGCUGAAGAAUGUCACCAACAACCUCAAGUCUCUUGAGGCUCAGGCGGAGAAGUACUCGCAAAAGGAGGACAAAUACGAGGAAGAGAUAAAGAUUCUCACGGAUAAACUUAAGGAGGCAGAGACCCGUGCUGAGUUUGCUGAGAGAUCGGUCGCGAAGCUGGAGAAGACAAUUGAUGAUUUGGAAGAUGAGCUCUAUGCCCAGAAAUUGAAGUACAAGGCCAUUAGCGAGGAGCUGGACCACGCCCUCAAUGACAUGACCUCUAUAUAAGCUGAAAUGCACCAAAGAGGAGCACCUGUGCACACAGAGGAUGCUGGACCAGACUCUGCUGGACCUGAAUGAGAUGUAGAGCACCUAUCCCGCCCGCCGCUGCUCCUCCCUCUGCCCCGACCCCGCCUGAGGCCGGCCUGCCCGAAGCCGGCCUGCCCGAAGCCGGCCUUGCAACUGAGGGCUGAUCUUUAACUGGAAGGCUGCUUUCUCCUCUUGCCGCCUCUCCCACCCCAACCCCUGUCUUUUUCGCCAAACUGUCUCUGCCUCUCCCUAGAGAUUCCAGCUGGGCUUGAGGCCGAGCACCUUUGGGAACAAUGUUGGAGGGAAUGUGAGCACAAUGCAAAGUGUCUUUAAAAGCAUGUUGUGAUGCACACAUUUUGUAAUUCCUUUGUUGCUGUUGUUGAUGUGGCGACCAUGUCAAACAUUCCAGAUUACCCACGGUUCUGGAGCAGCGGUCUCCUCCCUUCCUCACACGUGGCAAGUCACUUUUCAGACCAGUGCAUACUGCCCUCCACAGAGCGGGCCUGCCUGGCUGAGAGCCGGAGCCCGGAGCGAGCCCCACUCUGGGAAGCUUCAUUGCUUUGUCCAAUGUACCAGCCAAAUUAGAAAGAUGAUUCCAGGAGGCGUGGCCAAAAAAGUGUGGCUUGGGGUUUCGCUUUAAGGUAUCUUUGAGCAACUUUAUUAAUUUUUUUUUUUUUUCCCAUCAGAAGUGACCAAACAAAUUAAGAUGGUGAGACCUCUCUCUGAGACCAAAUCCCGGGCCUGUCUUGGCCCUAACUGCCCACAGAAUGGAUCAGGCUCCCCUUAUGUUGAGGUGACCGCUUACUUGCUCUCCUGCCUCCUUGAAGGAAAAAAAGAAAAUGACCGGCUUGUCCCUGAUUCAGCCACAGGAGACCAACUCAUCUCAUCACCCUUCGCGGGGUCCAAAGCUGCUGUCUCUAGAAGUGCCAUCGCGUGCUUUGUAUCCGUCAGUGCUGGAGAAAUCUUGAAUAGCUUAUGUACAAAACUGUUUUUAAAUUUUUAUAUUAUUUGAAACUGUGCUUCUGUAGGGUUGGGGCACACCGGCCGCCGCGCCUGCUGGGGGCCGACCGUGUGCCGGCCUUUUCAAGUCUCUUUCCCUCCCCAGUUCCCUGUCGGGUGAGGUUUCUGGGAGGCCUGUGGGCCGCGCCGCGAUGGGAGAGCGGAAACCCGCAGUGCGACUGUUUUGAUACUGAAAAUUGACCAGUGUCUUUUUGAAAUAAAGAACCAGUCCCUCUA